AUGCUUUACAAGCGUAGCGAUUGUUUCUGCCGCGAGCACCUUCGCUUCGCGAGAAAAUCGUACUUCAUUCACUACUCGGAAUCCAGCCGCUUACUACCGCAAUAUAGCAUAUUUUGUCAACUGGGUCUGUCCCUAUCCCGCCUCCAGGUCACGCACUCAAAAAUACUUAAGGCUAUAUAUAAUAGGAAAUUCUACCCACAAGACCUUCCCGUCGAAAGCCUGACGUAUGUGUUAUAUGCAUUUGCCAACGUGCAUCCUGACACUGGGGAGAUCUACUUAUCAGACUUAUGGGCUAAUAUUGAGAAGCGAUACCCGGGGAUUCGUGGAACGAGAAUAAGGACAAUAUCUUUCGCCUCUUCCGCUGUGAAUCUUAUCAGGGACUUAGGAUUUAACGGUAUAGAUAUUAACUGGGAAUAUCCUGCCAAUAAUAUUCGGGCAGAAAAUAUAGUUACUAUACUUAGAAAACUCCGCGCGAGUAACGUCUCAGGGCAUAACGCUAAUAUUUACCUAGCCGCCGACAACCCACUCAGUACCCUAUUUAAUACAGAUACGGCCGUCAAAUUCUAUAUCUCUAAGGGCAUAGAUACCAAAAAGCUUAUGCUAGGUAUGCCCCUAUAUAGUCGGUCCUUUAUAGACACUAAUAGCCCUAAUAAGAGUUAUAGCGGUGUAGGAAGUGGUAGCUAG